AUGACAGAGUUGCACCAAGCUGCCGCAGCCGGAGACUUACAGGGAGUCGAGGAUAUUCUGAGGCAGAACAAGUGCAGCCCCAACCAGAGGGACAUCGACUGGAGCCACAAGACCCCUCUGCACUGGGCAGCAGCCAAAGGAGACACAGAAACCGUCAGGAUCCUCAUUGAGCACGGAGCAAGGCCCAGUCUGAGGACGGAGCACGGAUGGACUCCUGCUCACUUUGCUGCAGAGUUCGGCCAACUGGCUGCGCUGCGGCUGCUGCACUACUUCCACGCUCCUAUAGACAAGGAGGACUGCUGUGGAGACAAACCAGUGCGGAUAGCCCAAAUAUAUGGACACCAGGACUGCGUUCGAUUCCUUAAAAAGGCUGAGAUCGAGUGCCAGGCCUACCGCAAGAUGGCAGCCGAGAAAGGGAUUUCACUGGAUGACACAGAUGAGGAGUGGGCGGAUCACGGCAAAGAAAAUUAA